AUGAUUCUGCUGGGGACUGCAGAAAGUCAGCAGAGUGGAGCUGUGCCCAUUUGGGGCCUUGUACUGGAUCCCAAUUCAAAGGGAGAUAGUGCAGUUGUUUCUCCAGUUGCAGACCGCAGAGAGAUACAACUUCUUAGGUGGAGCCAGGUUGCUGCUUGGCCAGUGUCACGAAGUAGCCUGAAUUUCUACUGGGAAUGUUGCUUCAAAAUAUGCAGAAUUCAGGGAAGACUUAGUCAUUUGGUCCUUGAGUUCAAGUCUCAGCUUUUCCAAUACGCAGACAAAGUUGUGCAAGACCAGGCCUCUGACUCGCGUUGCUUCCCAUGUGAGCUGGGGUUCCUCCAGGAUGAGGAGUGGGGAGAGCAGUUGGCGGGUUUGGCGGUAUGCCAUCUGCAAACACGAACUCACCGAGCCUUUGGAGAGCUUCGUCCCAGUGCAGUUUCAGCUGCUUUUCUCAGGAGCCAUAGAAGGUCAGAGAAGGUGGUGCAAGUAUGUGACAGGCUUUAUCCAGGCCUUCUGCUCACUCUGGUCGCAAGGGCUGUUUUUCUCCCUACAUCCUCAGUGCCUCCUGCCCUCCAGGCGCGGGCGCUCAACCGUCACUCCCCUGAAGGCUCAGUCCUUACUCUCUCACCACAUAGUGGACUCGGAUGUCAGCUAUCUCUGCAUGCCAAGCAACUAGAAUAUAAGCGCUUGCAGCCUGCCCUGCUGUUUCUGCAUGCUGCACGCAUGAGAGAGGAAGCAGAGUUAGGCUUUGUCCUGAGUCUGGCCAGAGAGUGUGUAGAUGGUGGCAGCUUUGGAAGGGGUAAGAAGACUGGGGAGCCACCCUGCAGUCUGAGCAACAAGCUCCUUCCUGGCCAGGAGUUCCAAGGCAAACAUUUGAGUAUUUAUCGUCUGCUAGCAAGCGCACUCAGCGUUCAGUGCUCCAUGGAUGCCAUCUCUGUGGUUAAAACACAGCUUUCAGUGGCUGGCAUUGUCCGUCCACAUUUUCCAGGUGUGCCAGCUGAAGUGUGGACAGGACUCUGUAAUAGUUUGUCUCCUCUUGGAACCUUUGAGUUGCGUCUCACUGUACAUCGUGCAAAGGCUGAAGUUGGUCAUACUGUUGUUAGAGCUUUGAGAAGGCACAGCAAAUUCUUUAUGGUGAAGUCACCCCAGAUUCUGAGUAACAAUAAAAUAUCCGAGCUGAAGAAUGGCUCAUUUUCUGGGUUAAGUCUUCUUGAAAGAUUGGACCUCCGGAACAAUCUUAUUAGUAGUAUAGAUCCAGGUGCCUUUUGGGGACUGUCUUCACUAAAAAGAUUGGACCUGACCAACAAUAGGAUAGGAUGUCUGAACGCAGACAUAUUUCGAGGACUCACCAAUCUGGUUAGGUUAAACCUUUCAGGGAAUUUAUUUUCUUCGUUGUCUCAAGGAACUUUUGAUUAUCUUGGCUCAUUGCGGUCUUUAGAAUUUCAGACUGAGUAUCUUUUGUGUGACUGUAACAUACUGUGGAUGCAUCGCUGGGUAAAGGAAAGGAAUGUCACUGUACGGGACACCAGGUGUGUUUACCCUAAGUCACUUCAAGCUCAGCCAGUCACAGGUGUGAAGCAGGAGCUGUUGACAUGCGAUCCUCCAUUGGAGCUGCCAUCCUUCUACAUGACUCCCUCUCACCGCCAGGUUGUGUUUGAAGGGGACAGCCUUCCCUUCCAGUGCAUGGCUUCAUACAUUGACCAGGACAUGCAGGUGUUAUGGUACCAGGACGGGCGAAUAGUUGAAACCGAUGAAUCCCAAGGUAUCUUUGUUGAAAAGAACAUGAUUCACAACUGCUCGUUGAUUGCAAGUGCCCUAACGAUUUCUAAUAUUCAGGCUGGAUCUACUGGAAACUGGGGCUGUCAUGUCCAGACUAAGCGUGGGAACAACACAAGAACUGUCGAUAUUGUAGUACUAGAAAGCUCUGCGCAGUACUGUCCCCCAGAGAGAGUGGUGAACAAUAAAGGUGAUUUCAGGUGGCCCAGAACCUUGGCAGGCAUCACUGCUUAUCUUCAGUGCACCCGGAACACCCAUGGCAGCGGGAUCUAUCCUGGGAGCCCACAGGAUGAAAGAAAGGCUUGGCGCAGAUGUGACAGAGGUGGCUUUUGGGCAGAUGAUGAUUAUUCUCGCUGCCAAUAUGCAAACGAUGUCACUAGAGUUCUUUAUAUGUUUAAUCAGAUGCCCCUCAAUCUUACAAACGCUGUGGCAACAGCUCGGCAGUUACUGGCUUACACCGUGGAAGCAGCCAACUUCUCUGACAAAAUGGAUGUUAUAUUUGUGGCUGAAAUGAUAGAAAAGUUUGGAAGAUUUACCAAAGAGGAAAAAUCAAAAGAGCUAGGUGAUGUUAUGGUUGACAUUGCGAGUAACAUCAUGUUGGCUGACGAGCGUGUUCUCUGGCUGGCACAGAGGGAGGCCAAAGCCUGCAGCAGAAUUGUGCAGUGUCUGCAGUGCAUCGCGAUAUACCGGCUGGCCAGUGGGACUCAUGUGUAUUCAACAUAUUCACCCAACAUUGCUCUGGAAGCUUAUGUCAUCAAGGCUGCUGGCUUCACGGGGAUGACCUGCACCGUGUUCCAGAAAGUGGCUGCCUCUGACCGCACAGCUCUGUCUGAUUAUGGGAGGCGGGAUCCAGAGGGAAACCUGGACAAGCAGCUGAGCUUUAAGUGCAAUGUUUCCAGCACAUUUUCAAGCCUGGCACUAAAGAAUACUGUCAUAGAGGCUUCUAUUCAGCUUCCCCCUUCCCUUUUCUCACCAAAACAGAAAAGAGAAGUCAGACUAACUGAAGACUCUCUUUAUAAGCUGCAACUCAUUGCAUUCCGCAAUGGGAAACUUUUUCCAGCCACUGGAAAUUCAACAAACUUGGCUGACGAUGGCAAGCGGCGUACAGUGGUUACCCCUGUGAUUCUCACCAAGCUAGAUGGUGUAAAUGUAGAUACCCACCGCAUCCCCAUUAAUGUGACACUGCGUCGACUUGCACACGGAGCAGAUGCCAUCGCAGCCCAGUGGGAUUUUGAUUUGCUGAAUGGACAAGGAGGCUGGAAGUCCGAUGGGUGCCGUAUACUCUACUCAGAUGAAAAUAUCACUACAAUUCAGUGCUAUUCCCUGAGUAACUAUGCAGUUUUAAUGGAUUUGACAGGAUCCGAACUGUAUACCCAGAUAGCCCGUCUUUUGCAUCCUGUGGUUUAUACUACUACUGUCAUUCUCCUCUUGUGUCUCUUGGCCAUCAUUGUGAGUUACAUUUACCAUCACAGUUUGAUUAGGAUCAGUCUCAAGAGCUGGCACAUGCUUGUGAACUUGUGCUUCCAUAUUUCCCUGACCUGUGUGGUCUUCGUGGGAGGAGUCACCCAGACCAGAAACGCCAGUGUCUGCCAGGCAGUUGGAAUAAUUCUUCAUUAUUCCACCCUUGCCACUGUACUAUGGGUGGGAGUGACUGCUCGAAAUAUCUAUAAACAAGUCACCAAAAAAGCUAAAAGAUGCCAGGAUCCUGAUGAACCUCCCCCUCCACCAAGACCAAUGCUCAGGUUCUACUUGAUUGGUGGUGGGAUCCCCAUCAUAGUUUGUGGCAUAACAGCUGCGGCAAACAUCAAGAAUUACGGCAGUCGGCCAAGCGCACCCUAUUGCUGGAUGGCUUGGGAACCCUCUUUGGGCGCCUUCUAUGGACCUGCCAGCUUCAUUACUUUUGUAAACUGUAUGUACUUUCUAAGCAUAUUUAUUCAGUUAAAAAGACACCCUGAGCGCAAAUAUGAGCUUAAGGAGCCCACGGAAGAGCAACAGAGAUUGGCAGCCAAUGAAAAUGGUGAAGUAAAUCAUCAGGAUUCAAUGUCUUUGUCCCUGAUUUCUACAUCAGCACUGGAGAACGAGCACACUUUUCAUUCUCAGCUCUUGGGGGCCAGUCUUACCUUGCUCUUAUACAUCGCUUUGUGGAUGUUUGGGGCCUUGGCCAUUUCUUUGUAUUACCCUUUGGACUUGGUUUUUAGCUUCUUUUUUGGAGCCACGUGUUUAACCUUCAGUGCGUUCAUCAUGAUUCACCAUUGUGUUAAUAGGGAGGACGUCAGACUUGCGUGGAUCGUGACCUGCUGCCCAGGAUGGAGUUCAUACUCAGUGCAAGUCAACGUCCAGCCCCCCAACUCAAGUGGGACAAAUGGGGAUGCACCUAAGUGCACCAAUAGCAGUGCAGAGUCUUCAUGUACAAACAAGAGCGCAUCGAGCUUCAAAAAUUCCUCCCAGGGUUGUAAGCUAACAAACUUGCAGGCUGCAGCAGCCCAGUGCCAUACCAAUUCUUUACCUUUGAACUCCAAUCCUCAGCUUGAUAACAGUCUCACAGAACAUUCGAUGGACAAUGAUAUCAAAAUGCAUGUGGCGCCUUUAGAUGUGCAGUUUCGACCAAAUGUGCACUCAAGCCGCCACCAUAAAAACCGGAGUAAAGGGCACCGGGCAAGCCGACUCACAGUCCUCCGCGAAUAUGCCUACGAUGUUCCCACGAGUGUGGAAGGAAGCGUGCAGAAUGGCUUACCCAAGAGUCGGCCAGGCAGUAACGAAGGACAUUCUCGGAGUCGGAGGGCUUACUUAGCCUACAGAGAGAGACAGUACAACCCACCCCAGCAAGACAGUAGUGAUGCUUGUAGCACACUGCCUAAAAGUAGCCGCAAUUUCGAAAAGCCUCUUUCAACUAGUAGUAAAAAAGAUGCAUUAAGGAAGCCAACUGUAGUUGAACUUGAAAGUCAGCAGAAAUCUUAUGGCCUCAACUUGGCCAUUCACAAUGGACCAAUUAAAAGCAGUGGACAGGAAGGACCUCUGCUCAGUACAGACAGCACUGGCAAUGUUAGAACUGGAUUAUGGAAACACGAAACUACUGUGUAGCUCUGCUGGUCUUCCUUGGCGGAAACUGACAUGAACUGUGAUGUUCACAUUCCUUUAAGCUAUGAACUUCUGAAAACAGUUUACAGCCACCUUAGGGAUUCAGAACAGUUUUGAAUAAACUUCUAAGCUUUGGAUUUUACUUAUUUUAUAUUCCCAAAUUGUUGCUUUUUUGUUUUUCAUUAAAAUAGGUCCAUUAAAACAUAAGUUUACUUGUCAAAGCACCAACAGGACACUUUGGGAAUCUGAAAUGUAAUUUCUUAGAAUGUGUAAUACCUACUUAACAUUUCAGGCUUGUAUUUAAUAAAAUGAAUAGGUGUUUGUCACUUUGUAUUCCUUAUGUUUUACGGGCCAAGCAUUUAGCUCUGU